AUGGAUGUGGGUAAAUCACAUACAGAAUCGAUCAAACCUUACAAUGGACAAUGGUUUCGGGAAUUACGUGAAGCGGUCGACUUCUACAAGAGAUAUGCUCUCAACGUUGGGUUCGAUGUGAGACACAGCACGCUGGUUAAAGCUAGAGACAAAACGAUUCUUUGGAAGUUCAUGGUGUGCUCAUGUGACGGUUACAAGCAUUGUGUUGUAAUCGAUCCAACAGCACUUGACGAAGGUCGUGCAAUGAGGCGUAGAGUAUCCAACCGGGUAGGUCGUAAUGCGCGUAUUGGGUUGCGUGCGCUGUCACAGGUCGUGGACGCAAGGAUGAUGGGAAUUAUGCUGUAA